ACGCAGGCGCGCAGUCAGAAAACACGAGACUCAAGCCGAGGGACCCCGCUCGAGUCUGAGGUGUGGAGCUGAGAAAGGAUGGAGGUACUGAAGGUGGAAAAGUUCACGACUGCCGACCGGGGAAACGGGCUGCGCGCUGUGGCCCCACUGCGCCCCGGGGAGCUGCUCUUCCGCUCCGACCCCUUGGCUUACACUGUGUGCAAGGGGAGUCGUGGCGUCGUUUGCGAUCGCUGCCUUCUGGGGAAGGAAAAGCUGAUGCGGUGUUCUCAAUGCCGAAUUGCCAAAUACUGCAGCACCAAGUGUCAGAAAAAAGCCUGGCCAGACCACAAGCGGGAAUGCAAAUGUCUCAAAAGCUGCAAACCCAGGUAUCCACCCGACUCCGUGAGACUUCUGGGCAGGGUAGUCGUCAAACUGAUGGAUGGCAAGCCGUCAGAGUCAGAGAAACUUUAUUCCUUUUACGAUCUGGAGUCCAAUAUUAGCAAACUCACUGAAGAUAAGAAAGAGGGCCUGAGGCAACUCGCAAUGACAUUUCAACAUUUCAUGAGAGAAGAAAUACAGGACGCUUCUCAGCUGCCGCCUUCUUUUGACCUUUUUGAAGCCUUCGCAAAAGUGAUCUGCAACUCGUUCACCAUCUGCAAUGCGGAGAUGCAGGAGGUCGGCGUUGGCCUGUACCCCAGUAUGUCUUUGCUGAAUCACAGCUGUGACCCCAACUGCUCCAUUGUGUUCAACGGGCCCCACCUCUUACUGCGUGCAGUGCGAGAAAUUGAGGCAGGAGAGGAGCUCACUAUCUGCUACCUGGACAUGCUGAUGACCAGCGAGGAACGCCGGAAGCAGCUGAGGGAUCAGUACUGCUUUGAGUGUGACUGCAUCCGAUGCCAAACACAGGACAAGGAUGCUGAUAUGCUGACCGGUGAUGAGCAAAUAUGGAAGGAAGUUCAAGAAUCACUGAAAAAGAUCGAAGAGCUGAAGGCGCACUGGAAGUGGGAACAGGUUCUGGCCCUGUGCCAGGCGAUCAUAAACAGCAACUCGGAACAGCUUCCCGACAUCAACAUCUACCAGCUGAAGGUGCUCGACUGUGCCAUGGACGCCUGCAUCAACCUGGGGAUGCUGGAGGAGGCGCUGUUCUACGCCAUGCGCACCAUGGAGCCGUACCGGAUUUUUUUCCCUGGAAGCCAUCCUGUCAGAGGUGUGCAAGUGAUGAAAGUUGGCAAGCUGCAGCUCCAUCAAGGCAUGUUUCCCCAAGCCAUGAAGAAUCUGCGGCUGGCCUUUGACAUUAUGAAAGUGACCCACGGCCGCGAGCACAGCCUGAUUGAAGAUUUGAUUCUUCUCCUGGAAGAAUGCGAUGCCAACAUCAGAGCUUCCUAAGACACCCAGGAGGAGGGGAGGGCGGCACACCCUUCAUCGAAGGCCUUACCGAGGUCACACACACUGUGAUGUUUGUCGUGCGGACCUCCUGUAGAAGUCACCGAUGUGUUUAUGUGGGAAAAUGUGUUUCUGUAGCAUGUCGUGAGACAUCUCAUUCGUGGUAGAGCGGAACCACGUGCUAACAUCAUAAUAAAUACAAAUGAUGAGUCCAAAAAUGCCA